CUUUCUUCUUGUACAAUCAUCAUUCCUUUUCUCUUUCUCUUCUCCUUUUUUCACUUCAAUUUGAUUAUUCCAAAAGGAAAAAUGAGACCUAAGAUUUAUCUGUUUGGAGAUUCCAUCACUGAAAUGUCCUUUGAUUAUGGUGGAUGGGGUGCUUCUCUUGUCAAACACUUCAAUCGCACCGCGGAUGUGGUGUUAAGAGGGUAUAGUGGGUAUAACACAAGAUGGGCAUUGAAGGUGUUGGAUAAAGUUUUUCCGGCGACUCAGAAGUCGGAAUCGCCAUUGGCGGUGACGGUUUUCUUCGGAGCAAACGAUGCGUCUCUUCCUGAAAGAUACUCUGGUUUUCAGCACGUCCCUAUUGAGGAGUAUAAGCACAAUCUUCACUCCAUUGUCGCCUUCCUUAAGGGGAGAUGGCCAACAACUGAAGUUAUCCUCAUUUCACCUCCUCCAAUUGAUGAACCUUCGAGACUCCUGUAUCCUUUUGCAGAGAACAAAUUGGGACUGCCAGAGAGGACAAAUGAAGCUGCUGGAAACUAUGCUAAAGCAUGUCUAGCUGUUGGUGCUGAAUGUGGGGUCUCCGCUAUCGAUCUCUGGACCAGAAUGCAACAAAUUCCCCGCUGGCAAACAGCUUGUUUAAGCGAUGGUUUGCACCUGAGUCAAACAGGCAACAAAAUUGUGUUUGAGGAGGUCCUCGAGGCUCUUAAAAAGAAAGGGUUGUGUUUGGAAACUCUACCAGUUGAUCUCCCACAGAUUAAUGAAGUGGAUCCAAAUGAUCCCCUCAAGUCUUUUGAAGGAAUAUAGUAUCUUAAAACCCCUCUUCUCUUUUUCUUAAUCAAUAAUAUAGUUUGGAAUAACUUUUAUCCUAUUUUGAGAAGAAAAAGACCGUGUAUUGUUUAUUGACUUGAAAAUAUGGAUGUUCAAGUAAUUUCUGGUAGUAUGUCCUAGCUCAAAGGAGUAUGUGUUUUAUCAUAUAUAGUUGGAAGUUAAUUUGGCUGUGGAACAACUCGUGUUGUUAGUAUUUUUGGGGGUAACAAGUUUAAUGGGGUGGUCAGUUUUCUACUUGAUAGAACCAAGUAGUUUUUGUGCACACCCUUAAUUUAUAUUAAAAUUUCCAUUUAAUAUAUAUAAAUAAUUUAUUUUUUCUGAAA